AUGGCUUCAGCAGAGGAUGACCUCGCAUAUCUAUCACCCUCCUUCGACCCUGUGUCUGUUACCAUGCCACGAUUACGAAAUAUUUUAAUGUCACACGACAUUCCCUACCCAGCUUCAGCCAAGAAGCCGCAGCUCGUCGACAUCUUCAAUCAAGAGCUUAAGCCCAAGGCGCGUAAGAUAUUAGCGGAUCGAGACAGAGUCAGGCGCACAAGUAGGGGCAUUACAGACAUGCCGAGGAGUCAAGAAGGGACAGUAAAUGGUGACGCUGACGAUGACGACGACGCCGGCUCGAUGCUGCCUCCGCCAGUGCCUGAUAUUCCACGACAAAGGAAACCACGCAAGAGCACACGCCAAUCGGUGGAGCCCACCAUAUCAGAAUCAUCCGUCACUACAAAAGCAUCAAACGGUCGAAGAAGCUCCAAUAAGCACGCCCGGCAAUCGGACACUGAACCUGACUUAGAACCAAUCCAUACAUCUGUACGGAAAAGCCGUAAGAGCGAGGCUACACCCGUGGUGAAGGUCCAAGAUCCAGAAGAUACACCAAUGCGACCGCCGAUGAGGGGUGGUGUUUUCAGCGAUGAGAACCCUUUCCAGAGCGGUAGCUCCCCUUUAACUCAAGGGGAAAACAGACGGAAGAGCGGUGGUAGAAGCAGUGAUAAGAGAAAGAGUUUUUCAAGCAGGCGGAGGAUCGAAGGGGUUCUAUCUACUUCAAAGCAGCAGGAUGGAAUAAUUGCCCCAACUUCCAAGACUUUCGUAGUUCCCGUUUCUAGGCUGAAGCAGUCCGCUAGCGAAGACGAGCCAACGGAUGGGAUCGAGGCUGGUGAGGAGUUCACAGCCGAAGAACAGCUGGAGUUGGUCAGAGGACGUGCGGCAAACGGAGAAUUGGACAUCCUCCCACCUCGGAAGAAGAAACGCCCACGGAAACCUCGCACAAUCCCUAAGUCCGCGCCAUGGGUAGUCCUCGUGGCUUUACUCGGAGGGUAUGCUACAUGGUGGCGUCAGGAAAAGCUAGCUGUUGGCUACUGCGGUAUUGGCAGGCAAUCCAAUGCUCUAUCGACUGUCCAACUACCUGAAUGGGCAGAGGUGCUGCAGCCGACAUGUGAGCCUUGCCCUCAGCACGCAAUCUGCUCUCAAGGGAUGGAGACCAGAUGUGAGCACGACUUCGUUCUACAGCCACACCCACUGUCUUUAAAAGGCCUAGUGCCACUGCCGCCAUCUUGUGAGCCAGACGGCGAGAAAGUCCGACGAGUAAAAGCUGUGGCGGACAGAGCCGUGGAAGAAUUGAGGGAGCGAAAAGCGCAGGCUGAAUGUGGGAAUUUGAAGAAUAGCAGAGGCAAAGAUGUACCUGUGGAGAUCGAUGAAGAAGAUUUGAAAAGAGAAGUGGGCAAGAAGAGAAGACGAAAUAUGGACGCUGCAGAGUUCGAAUCUCUGUGGAAGGGUGCCAUAGGGGAGAUCAUUGGCCGAGAAGAGGUCGUUUUCUCCUCUGAUGGCACCUCCCUCACCCGCCUUCCCCUCUCCUGCGCCAUCAAAAGAUCCGCGCGACUCACGCUGGCAAGAUAUCGACUCUCUCUUUCCAUCAUAAUCCUGUUCGGCAUCGCUCUUCUCUACAUCCGCUCGCUUAUUCUCACGUCCCGUAACGAUACAGCUCGUGUUCCCUCAUUAGUUGCCACUACUCUCGACCGUCUCGCCACGCAAGCGGCUUUGCAUGCCAGGGGAGAUGCAGCCGAAAGCUGGAUCAGUGUAGGACAGCUGCGUGAUGAUGUUCUCCGAGAUGAAUUCAGCGAUCAAAGGCGCGAAGGUAUGUGGAAACGAGUGCGAGCAGUAGUCGAGAGAAAUGCGAACGUAAGAGCCAGCGUCCGAGAAGGCCGGGGCGGGGACGUGUCAAGAGUGUGGGAAUGGAUUGGCAGUGUUGGCCUACUUGAAGAUGGUGCAUGGAGUGGUGGAGCAAAAAAAAGGGUGAUUUUGGGGCCUGUAGUCAAGGGGACGCCUGAUGAUAGGUCGAGUCCCAUGGAGGUGGAAGGACGGGAGAUGGUUGAGAAGAGGAAGUGGGACGAGGGUCGGCCUGUCUACUAA